AUGCCUGUUCAAAAACUUCAAGUCGGUAUGGCCGGCCUUGGCCGCGUUGGCAAGCUUCACGCAAUCAACUUCCUUCAGAAGACCCCUCGCGCAGAGCUCGUUGCGGCUUUCACCCCCGACGCUGGCGAGAUUGCAUGGGGCAGAGUCAACUUGGAGCCCCACGGUGUGACCUUGUACACCAACUACGAUGAGAUGCUCACGCACCCCGGUCUCCAAGCCGUUGCCAUCGGUACUGCCACCUCUGUGCAUGCCGAAGAGGCUAUCAAGGCCAUUGAGGCAGACCUCCAUGUGCUUUGCGAGAAGCCCUUGUCUACUGAUGUCGAAGUGUGCAGAUCAGUGGUCACAGCUGCUAAGAAGAAGCCUCAUCUUAAGGUGAUGUGCGGGUUCUCUCGUCGCUUUGAUGACUCCUACCGCGAUGCCCAUGCCAAGAUGGAGCAGGGUCUCAUCGGUCGUCCAGCCAUUAUUCGCAGUCAGACCUGCGACAAGUUCGACCCCUCAGGCUUCUACGUUGAAUACGCUGCCUGGUCCGGCGGUGUCUUUGUCGACAUGUCCGUCCACGACAUCGACCUCAGUCUGUGGUUCUUUGGAGACGAAGUCCUUCCCAAGAGCAUUUCCGCUCACGGCAUCACUGCCGUGCAGCCCGAGCUCAAGAAAUACAACGACUACGACAAUGCUGUGGGAAUUGUGGAGUUCUGGAACGGCAAGAUCGCCUACUACUAUUGCUCGCGCAUGAUGGCCGCCGGUCAGGAGGAUACCACUGAGAUCAUUGGUACGGAGGGCAAGUUGACUGUCAACGGAAACCCCCAGCGCAACUUUGUGAACCACUACCACAAUGGAGGUAUUACUCGCGAAAUCCCCCACAACUUCAUGGGUCGCUUUAGCCCUGCUUUCGUCCAGGAGGCGAAUGACUUCACUGCCGCUUGCUUGGAUAACACACCUCUUCCGAUGAAGUUGACCAAUGCUGUUAAGGCGGUUGAGAUUGGCUCAUACCUCCAAGAGGCACUUGUAUCAGGAAAGCAGAUUCACUUUGACGAGAUUGGUCGACGCAUCGAGAAGGCUCAGCUUUAA